GGAGGGGCCGUCGUGUGGGGUUUGGGUGCCGGCCCCGCCCCCCGCGCCGCUCUUCCCGCCCGGAACGCCCGGUGCGCGCCCGCGUGCUGCCCCGGCCCAGCCCCGCGGGAGGCGGCCCUGCCCUCCGGGAAGAUGUCCUACGGAUCCAUCACUGGCAGCAGCGGGCUGGGGAGCCGGGGCCCUUUCGGGGGACCCUCACGACAAGGCUAUCAGCCCCUCGCCACCCAGCUGGACCCGAGGGACCUGCAGGGGCUGUUCCAGGAGGCGGCGGCCAGUGUCUCCCGCAUCAGCGCCAGCGCGACCUCCUUGGAGCAGAGCCUCCGGUCCCUGGGGACACCGAGGGACACCCAGGAGCUGCGGGACAGCCUGCACCUGGCGCAGCAGGAGACCAACCGCACCAUCGCCACCAGCACCAGUGUGGUGAAGCGGCUGGCGGAGCUGCUGCGGGGCUGCUCCCGGCAGGAGCGGCUUCAGCUGGACCGCCUGAAAACUCAGCUCUCGGACGCCAUUCAGCGCUACGGAGCGGUGCAGACGACAAUUGCGGAGAAGUCCCGAGCUCUGCUUCCCACGGCGCAGACGGGCGGCCGGCAGCAGAGUCCCCGGGCCCCUCCGGCCGCGCUGGGUGAGCAGGAGGAGAGCUUCAACGGGGGCGACAGCGAGCGACAGGGCCUGGCACAGAUGCUGCUUCCGGAGCUCACGGAGCAGGACCUGGAGGCCAUGCGGCUGCGCGAGGAGGCCGUCCUGCGGCUCGAGAGUGACCUGCUGGAUGUGACCCAGAUCCUCAAGGACUUGGCGGCCAUGGUGUCGGAGCAAGGAGAGGCCAUCGAUAGUAUUGAAGCCAGCCUGGAGGCGGCGUCCUCGCACACUGAGGCCGCCAGCCAGCUCCUGGCUGAAGCCAGCCGGCACCACCUCCAGAGACACAAGAUGAAGUGCUACUUUCUGUCGGCUGGAGUCACUGCUGUGCUGGUCGUCAUCCUCGUCAUCGCCACCUCUGUCCCCAAGUGAUGCCACCUGUGGUGGAGGCUGUCACCAGGCCUGCGUGCAGGAGAGCGUUGCACCGCCGUCCCCACCGGGCGCUGCCCCACCGCCGCCCGCCCCCCUGCACCUCCCAAUAAACCGCCUCCGCUCA